CGGAAGUGCAUCGUCCUCAUGCGUGUUGUCAGUCAGCUGUUUAUUUACAUAUUGCCGUAUGAUGUUAGUUUGUGUUUGCGUUGACUUCACGCGCACAAUCUGUAUGGAGUUGCACAACAGAUUGUAAGAUGUUUGCUGAAAGAUGCUUGUGAAGAACUUUGCACUAUUAGCAAAGACUCACAUGUGUGAGUUUCACAAACAGGAAGCGGGCAUCACAUGCUCUGUCAAAUCUAUGAUAAAGCACAAUUUAUGGAAGUCUUUUUUCUUUUUAAUUAAUGCAUUUACGUUUUUAUCGCGGAGUAUCUCUCGAUCAAGGAUGGUAGCGUGUCUCGAAGUCUUGCUUUAACUUUUAAAAACAGUGAUGGAGGAGCUGGAUCCAGAGGAGCACUUCCUCAGGGACGCCAGGAACGGGAACCUAGAAGGGAUCCAGAAGCUUUUGAUGUCCAAGAUAAAGGAGGAGGCCGAAAUCGACAUCAACUGCAAGGGCAAGAGCAAAUCUAAUCAUGGCUGGACUCCUCUUCAUCUGGCCUGCUACUUUGGACACAAGGAUGUUGUUGAGGCCUUACUGAAGGCUGGAGCAGAUGCCAAUUUGCCAAAUAAUGUCGGAGAUACGCCUCUCCAUAAAGCAGCAUUCACUGGGAGAAAAGAGGUUGUAAUGUUGCUUCUUCAAUACGACGCUUGCGCUUCUGUCAUCAACGGGAUGGCCCAGAUUCCUAAAGACAUUACCCAGAGUGCUGAGAUUAAAAGCAUGUUGGAGGCUGCUGAGAGGACUGAAGAGAGGAAACUAGAGGAGCAGCUGCUGGAGGCAUCGCGAGAAGGAGCCAUAUCUACCCUCACAAGACUGCUAAACAUGAAGAAACCCCCGGACAUAAAUUGCACGGACUUGUUGGGAAACACACCACUGCACUGCGCGGCUUACAGAGGCCAGAAACAGUGUGCCGUCAAACUCCUGCAGCACAAGGCCAACCCCAACAUCAAGAACAAAAUCGAUCAGACUGUUUUUGAUUUGGCUAACGAUGCAGAAAUGAAGCAGAUCAUUACUGGAAAUGUUAUGAAAGGCAUGACACGACAUGUUAAAAUGUUCGAGGGGCCUCUUUGGAAGAGUUCAAGGUUUUUCGGCUGGCGCUCCUACUGGGUAGUUCUUCAGGAUGGAGUCUUGUCAUGGUACCCUAAACAGUCAGAUGCAGAUUCAAACACACACCGGCAAGGUUGCAAACCUCUAACACAAGCGCAGUGCAUGAUUAAAGCGAAAAAUAACAGCUAUUUCACGAUCAAGUGCUUUGACAACAGUGUUCACCAUUUCAAAGUGUCACAGAAGAACAACCCCGAAGCCAUCAGAAAAAGGUGGCUGGAGGCCAUAGAGGAGCAUUCAGCCUUCAGCACUCAUUACUGCUCACAAGACCCAGACAGCGAGGAAGAGGAAGACAACGUUGUGUCUGUACAUGAGCUUUCUGACUCACUUCAGCGGGCCGAGGCGUGCCAUCAGAAACUGGAGACAGAGAUGUUGGCCCUCCUGUCCAUGGUCAAAGAAGAUGGCCUGACCGAACGAUUCCCCGCAGCCAUCGUUCAGAAGCUGAAGGAGGUUUGUGAAGCCUCCAGUGAAACCUGCUCGUCACUGCACCAGUGUCUGGGGCUUUUUUCCAAACAGGAAGGAGCACGCAGUUUGAAACUGGAACAUGAAGUGGAGAAGAAUAAAAUCCUGUCGGAGGCUCUGCAGACGCUGGCGACUGAACAUCAUGAGCUGGAGCAGUCGGUGGUCAAAGGAUCGUCGCCCCGCAGCGUCCUCAGCGAAGAGGAGUUCUACGACGCUCUGUCCGAUUCGGACUCUGAGCCCUCGCUGAGUGGUUGUGAGACAGCCGGCCAUUUGUACGAAGACGGAGAGGACUUCAAGUCUGAGCUCUACUGCAGCAUCUCAAGUAAUCUCAGCAGCAGGAUGUCCCGGGAUGACCGUCGUGGAGAGGAAGAGGACGAUGAUGAGGUGGCCAGAGUGAACGGAGUGAGGAAGCACAGUUAA